CUCCGCGGAGAAAGUGACAGAAAGACCGAGGAAGAGGGCGCCGCGGGAGCAUUUCUCUUUCCGCCCCCCCUUCCUUCCCGCCAUGUCGGACACCUUCAGCGGCGACAGCCGCUCCGACGAGACCGGCGAAGAGAAACAGGACACACAAGAGAAGGAAGCGGUUCUCCCCGAGCGAGCCGAAGAGGCAAAAUUGAAGGCCAAGUACCCCAGCCUAGGACUUCAGAAGCCUGGAGGGUCGGACUUCUUAAUGAAGAGGCUCCAGAAAGGGCAAAAGUACUUUGACUCCGGAGACUACAACAUGGCCAAAGCCACGAUCAAGAACAAGCAGCUGCCAACAGCAGGAGCAGACAAAAACCUGGUGACCGGUGACCACAUCCCUACGCCGCAAGAUCUCCCGCAGAGGAAAUCCUCGCUCGUAACCAGCAAGCUCGCAGGCUAACCUGCGCUCCCAGUGGGGUUUCUCGUUUCAUUUUGAUUUUGGGGGGGGGAUUUUUGGGGAGGGGGGGGAGCGUCCAGCCAGUUGAACUUUGCUGUAUCGUAUCGCUGGGACACACAGAACUCGCAUAGUCACUGGGGAAUAUUUAUCAUAGCGUCAAGGCCAAGACAGAGGGACGCACUCGCGAUUCAGCGCGGCGUUUUCUUGCAGCUGGCCGACCGGCCGAGCUGGGCUUUAUGGAGCUAGCGGGGCAGGGGGGAGAGCGUAUCAGCUUUUGCGAUCACGCUCAGUGGGGGUAGGAUUCGCAUCCCAUGCCUCUUUCCGACAACGGGGAGGGAACCCAGCCAAGCAGGGGCCCCUGUAAGUUUGCCGCUUGCGAGGAGCUCAGCCUGAGGGUGCCAAAAGGAGAGCCGCUUGGGGGGUGGAGAGCAGAGCCUAGGCGCUUUUCACGCUUGUAGACAACUAGGCAUUCUUGCGGCAGCCCUGCAAGGUAGCUCAGUGUUCCUACCCUCCUGUUGCAAAUGGGGCUGAGAGAGAUGAGCUUGCCCUGGGCCACUCGGAGGGAUCGUGGCCAAGGUGAGCUUUGAGCCGGGAGCUUCCAAAAGUCACAACGCUUUGCAUGCUCUCCUAAGAACUGUUCCCCUCGGUCAGACCGAGGCUCUUGCCUUGUAUCCGUUGCUACAAGCAGCCAGGUGUCUCCGGGGAGCUCACCGGCAAGGCACAGAGCUGAGGGUCUCGCCUUUUGUCUUCAGCGCCAGGUACUCAGAGGUACAGUGCCUCUGCUCUUGGAAGUUCCGUUUAGCUGCAGCCGUUAGUAGGCCCAGUUUGGUGUCGUGGUGAAGUGUGCGGACUCUUAACUGGAAGAACUGGGUUGGAUUCCCCACUCGUCCACUUUCCCCUGCUGGAAUGGCCUUGGGUCGGCCAGAGCUCUGGCAGAGUUGUCCUUGAAAGGGCAGCUGCUGUGAGAGCCCUCUCCAGCCCCACCCACCUCACAGGGUGUCUGUUGUGGGGGAGGAAGGGAAAGGAGAUUGUGAGCUGUUUUGAGUCUCUGAUUCGGAGAGAAGGGCGGGGUAUAAAUCUGCAUCCUUCUUCUUUUGUUUCUUCCAAGCCUCCUACGCCAGUGCUGCUUAAGUGGGGCUUUCCAGAAGCAUCAGGUGGGUGGUUGUGACCUUGUCGGCUGCAAUAGGAGACCAAGAUUGGAGUCCUUUAGCACUUCAGAGACCGGUUAGAUUGCCACUUGAUACGCUUUCAGAUGUGGCAAAAGGAGCGUUGGCUCUCAAAAGCUGCUAUCCUGGAAAUCGUGUCGGCCUUUUUGGUGGGAAGGGGCGCGGCUCAGGGGCAGAGUAUUUGCUUGGCAUGCAGAAGGUCCCAGGUUUGGUCCCCAGCAUCUCCAGUUCAACGAGAAAGGUUCAGGAGACUCUGGAGAGCCGCUGCCAGUCAGAGUAGACAAGGUGGUCUGACAGCUUCUUUGCCCCUUCUUUGGCUGUAGUGCCACAUCCUUCUGGUUCCACAUCCCAACCAUUUGCCCUGGAGGGCCAAGCGAGCCGGCUACAGAAACAGGCCUUCCCUGGGCUGCCUCCUGGCGUGCUGGGAUUCCGAGGUUUGCUGCCUUUCUCAGUGGGGCCCCUUUCUUGACUUACCACAAUUAGUAGCCACUGAUGGACCAACAGAAGGUUGCGCUGAGAGUCCAUGAAAAUAAAAGGCCUUGGAAU